CUUGGCUUGGACCCCGCUCGCGUCACCGUGAUCACCUCUCUGCCUCCCGUGCUCUCAAAGCACCACCUCAGCGUGACUCCCGUGCUGGCGCUGGUGCCAGCCGACCUGGUUCCGGAGCCCAACCCACACGAGGUGGCGGCGGCGUUCACGGUGCCGCUCGCGGUGUUCCUGGGACAGUUCAGUGACCCACGGGUCUGCGGGGCCUCGGUUCUCAGUGGCUUCCAAGCAGCAGCUCCUCAGACCACGACCGACACCCCAAGCGGCAGCAAGGCCGGGGGACGACGUGGCCGUCCGGGGGCGUCAGCGGCUGCAGAGGCCCCUGCAGCGAAGCGACCCAUGACUCUGAGCUGGCUAGCCAUAGAUGGCGGGGCCGCGGUGGCGGCGGGCGGGCAGAGGGGCGCCUCUGGAGGUCCAGACAGCGGCCUGGAGGAGGGUGAAGCGAGCCGGACGCUGGGCGAGGACGUGGUGUUUGAGGACGCCGUUCACACUUUCCGGGAUAUCCAUUGGGGUGAACACCAGUACCGGAUACAUUCGUUCUUGUACGGGGAAUACGACGUUUGGGGUUUGACUGCGACCAUUUGCAUCGAUGCGGCCCGGCUUGCUCUGGGCCAGGAGCCCCUCUUCCAGGAGCGAUGUCCCGGCGGGCAUCACUACAGUGCAUUUUUCUGGGAUGGCACCUCUUUGCGCUUGCGACCUUGUGCAAGCACGGCGCCCAGCAGCAUGCGGGAGCAGCAGGAGCAGCAGGAGCGAGGUGAUGUGGCCAGGUGCAGGAGCUAGCCGCAAUCGGUCAGCAGGAUGGCGGCCACAGCUGUACGGGUUGUUGUUGAGGAGGCUGGAUUACAGGCGACGCUCUAGGUUGGGCACGAGAUGCUUGUGGAGCUGUACAGCUAGUCCACAAGCUUGGAGGGAAGGGGCCCUGUGCUCUGCAGAUGUGCACGCACAUGCAUUUGUAUCAUCGUCAUCAUCGUCAUCAUCAGCAGCAACUGCACACACGUAAUUGAUGUUCCUAGCACAAAUGCAGCAACUCCAAGGGGCUCAGCAGCGGAAGGGUUGGUGUAUGUUUGUGAAAGGCUUCGUAUUUAUGAGAGGGGCAAAGUCUCCCACAUGUAGAUAGCUUGAUGUGCAGCGGCAGGGUGUCGAGGUAAGAACGCCUUGGUCGCGGUAGUCGGUGGGUAGGUACUGCGCGCGGCCCAGCAGCCACGUUGCAUUAUUACUUGUAAACACAAAUAAACU